AUGGCGGAGGAGAAGCAAAGCGACGAGAGCGUGAAACUGUUCGUAGGUCAAGUGCCGAAGCACAUGACUGAAGAUCAGAUUCUCGCAAUAUUCCAAGAGUUUGCGCUCGUAGACGAAGUCAACAUAAUUAAGGAUAAGACUACGCGUGCUUCUCGAGGAUGUUGUUUUGUGAUUUGUCCGUCGAGUGAAGAAGCUGACAAGGCAGUGAAUGCAUGUCACAACAAGAAGACGCUUCCUGGGAUUACAUACUUCGAGAAGUGUCUGAUUCAGACAGCUAAUUGCUCUUUUAUGAAAACUUUGACCACAGUUUUAUUUAAUGAAGAGCAACAUGACAUAGUUUUCAUAUUACCAGUAAGUUAUAAUCUAACAGCAACUGUUGUAGGUUGUGCUUUUCUGAAGUUUGAAACAAAAGAACAAGCACUUGCUGCCAUUGAAUCCCUAAAUGGGAAGCAUAAGAUGGAGGGUUCAACUGUCCCUUUGGUGAUCAAGUGGGCAGAUACAGAAAAGGAAAGGCAAGCUCGAAAGGCUCAGAAAGCUCUAUCACAAGUGUCUGGUGUGCCAAAUUCUGACUCAAGACAGCGUACAUCUUUAUAUGGUGCUUUGCCUAUGGGUUAUAUGCCCCCGUAUAACGGAUAUGGGUAUCAGACUUCGGGGGCUUAUGGGCUCUUGCAGUAUCGCCUUCCAACAGUGCAGAAUCAGCAUGCCUUCAACAAUCUAAUUCCACCUGUAAACCAGGGCAAUGCUGUGUCACCUACAAGUUUUUUGGGAUCUCCUUUCCAAGCUUUGCCGGGGAUUCAAUAUCCCAUGCCAUAUCCUGGAGGAAUCACAAGUAACAGGCCUUUUUCAGGUUCUGCUGGUUCUAUAUCUCCUGCAACAAACAGUCAAUCUGCAGCAUCUUCUAGUGUCAAUACAAGUUCUGGUGGUCAGGUUGAAGGUCCACCUGGAGCUAAUUUAUUUAUUUACCAUAUUCCUCAAGAAUUUGGUGACGAAGAGCUUGCAAAUGCCUUCCAGCGAUUUGGUAGGAUCUUGAGUGCUAAGGUUUUCGUUGACAAAGCAACUGGUGUCAGCAAAUGUUUUGGUUUCGUCAGCUACGAUUCCCCGUCAGCUGCACAGAAUGCAAUAAAUAUGAUGAAUGGCUACCAGUUAGGUGGUAAAAAAUUGAAGGCCUAUUCCAUGGCCAUUUUGGAUGCGAGUGAAUCCAGCUUGGUGCGUAGUUUUUACAAUUUUGUUGCUUUCAUGAAUCCAUGA